CGAGUCCCGCUCACAACAGCAGGGGCGAGGACCUGCGACGCGCACCCCUCCCCGCGCCCCUGCCCGGCCCGGCCACCCCAGCAGCAGCCCCGCGCACACCCGACUUCCUCGGCCUCUCGCCCUCGCCCUGCCAACUUCCCUGCGAGGCGGAACCUGCCGCCAGCCUGCCCGCUCGCAGGCCCUGCGCUGAACGCCAGCAGUUCACCUUGCGCCGUCGGGAAACCCCAUGAACUCUCCAGAAACCGAGUGAAGGAGGGUCCCUUCGCGGCGCACGGCCGGGUGCCUGGGGGUCCCCCUCGGUGGAGCAGCGGUAGCAGAGCCGGGAAAGUAGUGGAGGAUGAUCCUGCGGCCAAAGGGGACCUCGGGGCAGUAAUGUCAGCAUGAUGUUUCAUUCAGAUCGAAUGUGGAGCUGCCAUUGGAAAUGGAAGCCCAAUUCUCUUCUGUUCUUAUUUGCUUUAUAUAUCAUGUGUGUUCCUCGCUCAGUGUGGGGAUGUGCCAACUGCCGAGUGGUUUUGUCCAACCCUUCUGGGACCUUUACUUCUCCAUGCUACCCUAACGACUACCCGAACAGCCAGGCUUGCAUGUGGACCCUCCGAGCCCCCACUGGUUACAUCAUUCAAAUAACGUUUAACGACUUUGACAUUGAAGAAGCUCCCAAUUGCAUUUAUGACUCAUUAUCCCUUGAUAAUGGAGAGAGCCAGACUAAAUUUUGUGGAGCAACUGCCAAAGGCCUAUCAUUUAACUCAAGUGUGAAUGAGAUGCAUGUGUCCUUUUCGAGUGACUUUAGCAUCCAGAAGAAAGGUUUCAAUGCCAGCUACAUCAGAGUUGCUGUGUCCUUAAGGAAUCAAAAGGUCAUUUUACCCCAGAUGUCAGAUGCUUACCAGGUAUCUAUUGCAAAAAGUGUCUCCAUUCCAGAGCUCAGUGCUUUCACACUCUGCUUUGAAGCAACCAAAGUUGGCCAUGAAGACAAUGAUUGGACAGCUUUCUCCUACUCAAAUGCAUCCUUCACACAAUUGCUCAGUUUUGGAAAGGCCAAGAGUGGCUACUUUCUAUCCAUUUCAGAUUCAAAAUGCUUGCUGAACAAUGCAUUACCUGUCAAGGAAAAAGAAGACAUUUUUGCAGAAAGCUUUGAGCAGCUCUGCCUUGUUUGGAAUAAUUCUUUGGGCUCUGUAGGUGUAAAUUUCAAAAGAAACUAUGAAAUAGUUCAAUGUGAUUCUACCAUUAGUAAAGUUAUUCCUGGGAAUGGGAAACUGUUUUUGGGCUCCAAUCAAAAUGAAAUUGCCUCUCUAAAAGGGGACAUUUAUAACUUUCGACUUUGGAAUUUUACCAUGAAUUCCAAAAUCCUCUCCAACCUCAGCUGUAAUGUGAAAGGGAAUGUAGUCGACUGGCAAAAUGACUUCUGGAAUAUCCCAAACCUAGCGCUGAAAGCUGAAAGCAACCUAAGCUGUGGUUCCUACCUGAUCCCACUCCCGGCAGCAGAACUGGCCAGCUGUGCAGAUCUGGGGACCCUCUGUCAAGCUACUGUAAACUCUCCUAGUACUACACCACGCACUGUCACCACUAACAUGCCUGUUACUAACAGAAUCGAUAAACAAAUGAAUGAUGGAAUUCUCUAUAGAAUAUCCGUAAUGAUUCAAAACAUCCUUCGUCACCCUGAGGUAAAAAUACAGAGCAAGGUGGCAGAAUGGCUCAAUUCAACCUUCCAAAAUUGGAACUACACAGUUUACGUCAUUAAUAUCAGUUUUCACCUGAGCUCUGGAGAGGACAAGAUUAAAGUCAAGAGAAGCACUGAGAAUGAUUCAAGGUUGGUACUUUGGGCCCUUCUAGUUUACAAUGCUACCAACAAUACCAAUUUAGAAGGAAAAAUCAUUCAGCAAAAGCUCCUAAAAAAUAAUGAGUCCUUGGAUGAAGGCUUAAGGCUACAUAGAGUGAAUGUGAGACAACUAGGUUCAUGUCCUGCCGUGGAGGAACCCAAAGGCUUCUUCUGGCCAUCUAUCAUUCCUUCUGAAUACUCUCUUGAUUGUCCAGAAAAGCCUGGCUUUAAUGUUUUACGGAUAUGUUAUUACAAUGCUUCCAACUUAUCUGAAGCCUACUGGGGACCUGUUGAUAUCUCCAACUGUUUAAUUGAAGCAAAUGAAGUCGCUAACCAGAUUUUAAAUUCUACUGCUGAUGGGCAGAACUUAACCUCAGCCAAUAUUGUCAACAUUGUGGAACAAGUCAAAAGAAUUGUGAAUAAAGAAGAAAACAUUGAUAUAACACUUGGCUCAACUCUAAUGAAUAUAUUUUCUAAUAUCUUAAGCAGUUCAGACAGUGACUUACUUGAGUCUUCAUCUGAAGCUUUAAAAAUAAUUGAUGAAUUGGCCUUCAAGAUAGACCUAGAUAAUACAUCGCAUGUGAAUAUUACAACUCAGAAUUUGGCUCUUGGCGUAUCAUCCCUGUUACCAGGGACAAAUGCAAUUUCAAAUUUUAGCAUUGGUCUUCCAAGCAAUAACGAAUCAUAUUUCCAGAUGGAUUUUGAGAGUGGACAAGUGGAUCCUCUGGCGUCUGUAAUCUUGCCUCCAAACUUACUUGAGAAUUUAAGUCAGGAAGAUUCUGCAUUAGUUAGAAGAGCACAGUUUACUUUCUUCAACAAAACUGGACUUUUCCAGGAUGUUGGACCCCAAAGAAAACCCUUAGUGAGUUAUGUGAUGGCGUGCAGUAUUGGAAACAUUACUAUCCAGAAUCUGAAGGAUCCUGUUAAAAUAAAAAUCAAACAUACGAGUACUCAGGAAGUGCAUCAUCCCAUCUGUGCCUUCUGGGAUCUGAACAAAAACAAAAGUUUUGGAGGAUGGAACACAUCAGGAUGUGUUGCACAGAGAGAUUCAGAUGCAAAUGAGACGGUCUGCCUGUGUAACCACUUCACACACUUUGGAGUUCUGAUGGACCUUUCAAGAAGUUCCUCACAGUUAGAUGCAAGAAACACUAAAGUCCUCACUUUGAUCACCUAUAUUGGGUGUGGAAUAUCUGCAAUAUUUUCAGCAGUAACUCUCCUGACAUAUGUUGCUUUUGAGAAAUUGCGAAGAGAUUAUCCCUCCAAAAUCUUGAUGAACCUGAGCACAGCCCUGCUGUUCCUGAAUCUCCUCUUCCUCCUAGAUGGCUGGAUCACCUCCUUCAAUGUGGAUGGACUUUGCAUUGCUAUUGCAGCCCUGCUGCAUUUCUUUCUUCUGGCAACAUUUACCUGGAUGGGGCUGGAAGCAAUUCACAUGUACAUUGCUCUAGUUAAAGUAUUUAACACUUACAUUCGCCGAUACAUUCUAAAAUUCUGCAUCAUUGGCUGGGGUUUGCCUGCCUUAGUGGUGUCAAUUAUUCUAGCGAGCAGAAACAAAAAUCAAGUCUAUGGAAAAGAAAGUUACGGAAAAGAGAAAGGUGAUGAAUUCUGUUGGAUUCGGGAUCCAGUCAUAUUUUAUGUGACCUGUGCUGGGUAUUUUGGAAUCAUGUUUUUUCUGAACAUUGCCAUGUUCAUUGUAGUAAUGGUACAGAUCUGUGGGAGGAAUGGCAAGAGAAGCAACCAGACCCUGAGAGAAGAAGUGUUAAGAAACCUGCGCAGUGUGGUUAGCUUGACGUUUCUGUUGGGAAUGACAUGGGGUUUUGCAUUCUUUGCCUGGGGACCCUUAAACAUCCCCUUCCUCUACCUCUUUUCCAUCUUCAAUUCAUUACAAGGCUUAUUUAUAUUCAUCUUCCACUGUGCUAUGAAGGAGAAUGUUCAGAAACAGUGGCGGCGGCAUCUCUGCUGUGGUAGAUUUCGGUUAGCAGAUAACUCAGAUUGGAGUAAGACAGCUACCAAUAUCAUCAAGAAAAGUUCUGAUAAUCUAGGAAAAUCUUUGUCUUCAAGCUCCAUUGGUUCCAACUCAACCUAUCUUACGUCCAAAUCUAAAUCCAGCUCUACCACCUAUUUCAAAAGGAAUAGCCACACAGAUAAUGUCUCCUAAGAGCAUUCCUUCAACAAAAGUGGAUCAUUCAGACAAUACUUCCAUGGACAAGUCCUUGUCAAAACUGGCCCAUGCUGAUAGAGAACAAACAUCAAUCAUCCCUGUUCAUCAGGUCAUUGAUAAGGUCAAGGGUUAUUGUAAUGCUCAUUCAGAUAACUUCUAUAAAAAUAUUAUCAUGUCAGACACCUUCAGCCACAGCACUAAGUUUUAAUGUCUUUAAUGGAAGAAAAAGAAAUCAGUCUGCAGAAAUGUGAAGAUUUGCAAUCAGUGAAAGCUGCAACUAUCGAUGUAAAUGUGCUAUUACCUAGAUAACUGCAUAUAUAUGAGGAAUGUAUUUUGUUAAGAAGGCUUUUAUGAAAUUCGUAAUUUUUCUUUUUAAUAUAUUUAUUCCAUGGAAGAGUUGUCAUCAACACUAAAACUUCAGUACAGAGAGUGAGAGCAAUGUGACUCAGUAGCCCAGAAGCUAUGAUUUUCUAAAUAUGUAAUUGAAUCAGAAUAAUCACAAUGCAAGGGAGACAUUAAAAUAGAGGCAAGGGAGAAGCCACACUGAGGACAGACCCUAGAUAGAACUCAUUUUACUCCACCUAAUAUUUACAUUGGGAUGUACCAUUUUCUGCAUCUUCUUUCUCAACAAUAAAAAAUGUAACUACUUUGGAUGCCCACAAAUUCCAUUCCAGUGUUUCUUUCUGUAAAUGCAGUACCAUGUUCUCAUUUGCAGUGACAUUUCAACCACAGGCAGAAAAGACUGUUUACUGCUUGACCCAAAGAUUAAAAAGGAUUCUUUUUUAUUUUAAAUAUUACACCUUCAGAACCAUAACAUGCUUAAGAAAGUUUUUCCAAAAUAUUGACCUAGAUGAGGCUAUAUACAUUUCUAAUAUUUUACUCAUUCUAUUCAAGGCAUAAGGCCAAAGCUUUAAGUAUAAUUUAAUCCCAUACAUUCAAGUCAAGUUUAGUAUCGAUGCUCCAUCAAUGUGGACCUCCCAGGAGUUGUUUAAGAAUGAAUCCAUUACACCUCUAAUUUUGGCUCCCUACUGUAUAUUAAGCCCAUAGGCUUGUGGGAGGAAGGAGAAUUUCCAUUAGCCAUGCUGUAUGCAGUGGAAUUUUCCUUUUAGGAGACACACAACUGAGACUCUCUGGCUCUAUCCUUGCUUUAGAGACUUUAAGAUAUUUCCUAUUGCACAAAUGAAAACCUCUUCUUUCCCCUAUUGAGAGUUUUGUUCCAAGGAAUAUGAAGUGAGACACAUGGUGACUUAUAAUAAUACAAAUAAUUUAUAAACAGCUGGGUCUGCAAUAGCUAGUCUAAAUAUUGCUUGUGUGUCAGUCCUCUGAUUAUAGUAUGUAAGAGCCUGAGGAGGUCUGGCAAGAUAGAUGGUGUAUUAUUUAUGGAUCAGACUGAUGCAUAGAAGCCAUGCAUACUAUUUUUCAGCUUGCCUAACUCUCAGACUAUUCUGAGUGAUGCCUGCUUGCUAAUGAAUGUGUAGGAGACCACAUUGUAAUUGUUCUUAGGUGACAGAGUCCUAUGCGGUUUCUUAGAAAUCAGUCUCAGUGCAUGCUGUGCUUUUUCACAUUUGUUCUGAGUUAUCUGGAAAGUAUCAGGUUCUGGGAGGCAACAGCAGAUGUGAUAAGAAAAGGAGACAUUCUGGUGUGUACCUAUGCAACAAUCUUGCAUGUUCUUCACAUGUACCCCAAAACCUAAAAUGCAAUUAAAAAAAAAAAAGAAAAGGAGACAUUCUGUCAAAGCCAGUCUGCUUAAAGGCAAAGUCUAGAACCUGGAACCUAGAGGCCUUUUUCUCUGCACACAAAAAAACGUUUUGCAGUAUGAGACAUGGGAGAGCUUUUAGGCUACACAGCAACCCAAGAGACUGCUCACCUUUUGCCGAGCUUCAAUCAUGAAGCUAUUUGCCUGGCUCCAGCAGAUGAUGAGAUAAUGAGGCAGUGGGAUUUUUGUUACUGUUCCAUUUUGCAACAUCCUGCAACACCAUCCUGGGAGACAUGAGCAUUACCCAGCUUUGCUUUCACAGGGGAAGGUUGUAUUCAGUAGAAAAGAAUAGUAAAUUUAAGGUCACUGAGAUUCACUACAGUAGAGCCAAAUCCUUUUCAAUAGGCAUAUAUUAACAGACUGCUUAUUUUGGCAGUGGUUAUAUAUGGAUGAAAACUAAUCUAAGUCAUUGAACAUUCAUAUACAUUUCCCCCCAAACCUUAGGCAUUCGUAGUAGAUUUCAACUAAUUAGAUUAGUCAGAUUUCUGCCCAAAGUGCUUAUUUGGUCAAUAGCAAUUAAGACAUACCUUCAGAAAUGGCUUUGCUUUUGAUUUCCACUGAUAUUCAUAUGGCUCCAGAAAAAUAUUUUUUUUUUCAUAUUUGACAGUGUCAGCUCCACUUUAGAAAUUUCCAAUAACCAGAUGAGAAAAAAUUAAGAAAUUGCUCAAGGAAAACAUGGAUUUGAAAGAUUGAGCCAAAUUCUAUCAUCAGUUCUAAGCAUUCAGUUCUCAUCUCCAUUUAGGCCCCAUCAGAACAGAGGGUCAGGAAUUUAGCUGGGGAGGCUGAAUUUAGUUCAACCUACCUUUGAGGAUAGCAUCAAUUCAGACUCUCUUUCCCUUAUGUUUUCUUUUCUUUUUCUCUCUUUUUAAACUAUAUUGUGUUAGAGUCGUAGUCUAGGAUCCUGAGAUAUUUUCCAUUCUUGUUACCAUUCACUUGCUUUGUAAAGAUUUUGUCUAUUGUCGGCAUAGAUUCUUUUGUACAUAUUUAUUUAUUUGUGUUUAUACAUGUCAAUUGGUUUCAUAUCUUCGCUUGAUAUUGCCUAGCUUUGUUGUUUUAAUUAACUUUCUAUUAGAGAGACUGUAUAUAUUUUUUCUAAAUACUUUGUGAAAUCACUUUUUGGUAGCAAUGUCUUUGAAUAUGAUGAAUAAAAGUGUGAGUGCAAAUAGAAUUAGCAGUAAGAAGCUACUCUAGCUAAUUUGCCAUUUUACUUAAAUGGAAAAUGUUUUUCAAAUAAAUACUUAUAUUGUUCAUGUUCCAAGUUA